AUGCCUCGGCCAGGCAAGAACUCCUACAGUGACCAAAAACCUCCGUACUCCUACAUCUCUCUGACUGCGAUGGCCAUCCAGAGCUCCUCUGAGAAGAUGCUCCCCCUCAGCGACAUCUACAAAUUCAUCAUGGACCGUUUCCCGUAUUACCGCGAGAACACUCAGCGCUGGCAAAACUCACUCAGACACAACUUGUCAUUCAAUGACUGCUUCAUCAAGAUCCCUCGACGCCCCGACCAGCCAGGUAAGGGCAGCUUCUGGGCCCUACAUCCAGACUGUGGAGACAUGUUUGAGAACGGAAGCUUCUUACGCCGCCGAAAACGAUUUAAGCUCCUGCGUAUGGAGCAUUCGGCUUGCAAGAGUGCCCCCGUGCUCCAUUCCUACCAUUCUCACCACCACGCACAACAUUCCUUACAUCAGUCCCACCACCAUUCAGGCAAACUGGGCAUGGGCCAUCCAGAGUACCUUGGCACAAUGGGCCGCCUCUCACACUUCCAAAGCUAUACGCUCAGUGGUGGGCAAAGUGGUGGCUUUAAGCACCCCUUUGCCAUCGAGAGCCUGAUUGGGCGAGACUAUAAAGGAGUGAUGGCUGGUGGCUUGCCCAUUGCAUCGGUUAUGCAUCACCUUGGCUAUCCAAUCCCCGCCCAGCUCGGUGGCAUGGUCAACUCUGUGUGGCCACAUGUUGGCAUGUUGUCCGAGUCAGUUCCAGUGUCAUCAGACUACCCACCAUUUAGUGUGGCAGUGAAGGGUCUGUACCAUCACCCGGUGACCCAGAGCAUGCCUGCCGUACCUGUGCCCAUUAAACCCACUCCAACUCUAGGAGCAGUUCCCUCAUUGACUGGUAUGAUGCCGGGAGUUACUCCGCUAUGCCCGAGAACAACAGCCGUGAUGGACAGAGAAACAACAGCUCUUACAGAGGAAAAGAGUGCAGCUCUACACCCCUCUUUUCUGCAGUCCUGA